AACAACACAGGGUGAGGCCUAGCCUCUACCGCUUCCUUAAAUCUCCCUCCUCCCUCUCCCUCUCCCUCUCCCUUUCUCUUCUUCCUCCUCUCCCCUCUUCUCUACUCACUUUCAGGUGGGUUUUCUUUUUUCAAUUUGAAUUUUAUUUUUUUUUCCCUUUUUGUUUUGGAUCGAUGGAUUCUGUUGGGAAGAACGUCGAUCGGAUUAAGGGUCCCUGGAGUCCUGAGGAAGAUGAAUCGUUGAAGAGAUUGGUUGAAAGCUACGGACCCAGGAAUUGGUCCUUGAUCAGUAAAUCCAUUCCUGGUCGUUCUGGAAAAUCUUGUCGUCUUCGAUGGUGUAAUCAGCUUUCUCCUCAGGUCGAACACCGUCCGUUUACUGCGGAAGAGGAUGACGCCAUUAUCAGGGCUCAUGCCAAGUUUGGGAAUAAGUGGGCCACCAUUGCUCGUCUUUUGAAUGGCCGUACCGAUAACGCCAUUAAGAAUCAUUGGAAUUCGACGCUCAAGCGAAAAUGCUCCGCCAUGGGUGAUGAUUUUAACGAUCCCGAUUUGCAUCACCCUCCCAAAAGAUCUGCCAGCGUCGGUCCCUCUCCAGUCACCGUCGCUUCCGGGUUUGGGUUGAACCCGAGUAGUCCAUCUGGUUCCGAUUUGAGCGACUCCUCUCCUCCACCCCCACCACAGCCCGUGUACAGACCUUUAGCUAGAAGCAGCUCGAUCGUUCCAUCGAAUCAGCAGCAGCAGCAGCAGCAGCAGCAGAUUGUGAACUCCUACGAUCCUCCUACUUCACUCUGCCUCUCAUUGCCAGGAUCCAAUUCGAAAUCCGGGUAUGGGUCGGAUUCAAUCCCGAGCCCGACCAGGAACAUGGUUCAGGCAACAACUCCUACCGCUGGUGGGCAUGGCAAGGAAUCCGAGUUAUUCAGUGCGGAGUUCUUAAGUGCGAUGCAGGAGAUGAUUAAAAUCGAAGUGAGGAAGUACAUGUCCGGAAUUGAGCAUAACGGUUGGCAUUUGCAUACCGAUGCCAUCAGAAACGCUGUUGUUAAGCGUAUGGGAAUAAGCAAGAUCGAUUAGCGCAGAGAUAAACAGCAGAACCAAACUCUUUGGAUUUACAAUCCCCCUCCCGUCUUCUACAGAAAUCACAAUAAUUUUGGCAGUGUACAGAGAAAAAAAAAAAA